AUGACUUUAAAAAGAAUAAGCAGGAGAAGCAGAAUAAUAAGCAGGAGAAGCAGAAGAAUAAGCAGGAGAAGCAGAAGAAUAAGAAGGAGGAGGAGGAAAGUAGGAGGAGGAAAGGAGGAUAAAAAGGAGGAGGAGAAGGGGAAGGAGGAGGAGAAGGGGAAGGAGGAGAAGAAGGAGAAGGAAAAUAUAAGUAGAAAGAAUAAGCAGAAGAAGGAAGAGAGCAGAAGGAGCAGGAGAAGAAUAAGAAGGAGGAGGAGAAGUAGGAAGAGAAGAAGAAGGAGGAGAAGAAGGAGGAGAAGAAGGAGGAGAAGAAGGAGAGAGAGAAGUAGGAGGAGAAGAAGAAUUAGAAGGAGAAGGAGGAGGAGAAGGAGGAGGAGAAGAAGGAGAAGUAGGAGGUGA